AUGGAUGACACUAUUUUCGAUCCCAAUGAUCUACUUAAACAGAUUGAUACAGUAUCUCGUUCUCAACGUACACUCUUUGCUGAAUUUGAACGUCAACGUAGUCGUCUUAAUCAACUUUUUCAUUGUUAUGAUAAUCAACAAUCAGCUCGUGAUUCCGAAUUACGUCGUCAAUCUGAACAAAUUAAUAAAGAAACACGACAAAAAAUACAUCAUCGAUCACAUACAAUUAUGACAGAACGUGCUCGUUUAACACAUAUUCUUGAUGAUGACAUGAACAAUUCAUUUUCAUCAGAUAAUUUACAUAAUAUUUUUCGUUUUAAAACUCAUUCGAACGAUAGAAAACGAAAAGUUUAUGGAUGUUUAUUACCACAAUUGAAAGCACCAUUGAAAAAAAAUUGUAAUAGUAAUUGGACACAAAUAAUAUCAAAUUCAAAUUCAAGACAAUCAAAUUUUCCAAAAAAUAUUGAAAGUCGACGAAAUUCAAUUAAUAAAUUUAUUGAAUCAAAUCUAGAACAACGAAAUAAAAUGAAUGAUAUUAUUGAUAAAUUUUUAUAUGAAUUAGAAGAAUAUCAUGGUGAUGGUUAUGAUCAUUUUCUUCAAACAAGUGAACCAAAUCGAAAUGCACAAAUACUUGCACAACAAAAUAUUAAACAUAAGAAUCGAAAACAAAUCAAUUGA